AAUGGAUCCUUUCCACAUUAAAGAAGAAACUGAAAUGGAGCCGGUCCACAUUAAAGAGGAGUCUGUUGACUUGUUGCUUAAGGAUUCAGAAAGCAUAUCCCGGCCAAAGAUAUAUCAAUGUACUGAAUGUGGGAAAAACUUAAGUCGGUUAGGACACCUAAAAAGACACCAACGAAUUCAUACUGGAGAGAAGCCGCAUCACUGUACUGUAUGUGGGCAGAGUUUCAGUCAGUUAGGAACCCUAAAAAGACACCAGCUAAUUCACACUGGAGAGAAGCCCCAUCACUGUACUGAAUGUGGGGAAAGCUUCAGUCGGUUAGGAAGUCUAAAAAGACACCAGCGAAUUCACACUGGAGAGAAGCCGCAUCACUGUUCUGAAUGUGGGAAGCGUUUCAGUCAUAUAGAAAGCCUAAAAAUACACCAGCGAAUGCACACUGGAGAGAAGCCGUAUCUCUGUUCUGAAUGUGGGGAAAGUUUCAGUGUGUCAGCAAAUCUAAAUAUACACCAGAGAAUUCACACUGGAGAGAAGCCGUAUCACUGUUUUGAAUGUGGGAAGAGUUUCAGUCAGCUAGGAAGCCUAAAAUUACACCAGCGAAAGCACUCUGGAGAGAAGCCGUAUCACUGUUCUGAAUGUGGGGAGAGUUUCAGUGUGUCGGCAAACCUAAACAUACACAUGCGAAUUCACACUGGAGAGAAGCCGUAUCACUGUUUUGAAUGUGGGAAGCGUUUCAGUCAGCUAGGAAGCCUUAAAAUACACCAGCGAAUGCACUCUGGAGAGAAGCCGUAUCACUGUUCUGAAUGUGGGGAGAGUUUCAGUGUGUCGGCAAACCUAAACAUACACCGGCGAAUUCACACUGGAGAGAAACCGUAUCACUGUCAUGAAUGUAAGAAGAGCUUCAGUCAGUUAGGAAGCUUAAAAACACACCAGCGAAUUCACAGUGGAGAAUAGCCAUAUCACUGUACAAAGACAUUUGCUCCCACCAAUCAACUGAAAAAGUGUAAAUGUCAGUUUUUAAAAUGCAGUUGAAACUGAUAUAAAUCCAAUUUUCUAAGCAGUAUUACAAUGCUCCUUGUUUUCGGUCCUUCCAGCCCAGGUUUUUGUUUCAACCUAAUUGUAGAUUAAUGAAUCAACUUUCUUAUAAAUCAUUCAGGGCAACUGCUAUAUAUCAAUCAAACCUGUGUGAUUUUCCAGUGAUAAUUUAUGUUAAAGAAACCUGUUUGUGCCAACCUAAGUGGAUGUAAUCAUGCUUUAGUAUACAUGUGUGGCAAAGCAGCUGUCAAAUGUGUACUUGUAU